CAUACAGUUAUAUAACAAUUUGUUUUUGCUGUGUUUUUAUUUGUAAUUUUUGUAAUGCAUAGGCUACAUCAUACAAUAAAGUGAAACACACCACGCUUUGUCUGAUUAGAUUUAAUGAUACAGUUCUGUUUUUUCUAUGAGUGUAUAUUUUAAAUAUGUUAACUGACAACUUCCUUAUAAAAAGCAGUUUUUUUUAUUUAAGGUUCAUAGCUGUGUUCUUCAUUUUGAUAUGUUAAUAUGCUAUUACCAACCUAAUUGUUAUUGUUACAACCUAAUUGUAAAAAAUAGUUCACAGUGUUAGACAAAAAAAUAAAUUAAUUACAAAGGCAAAGACAAAAAAUAAAUUAAUAAAUAUAAUUUUAAUCUUAAAUUAAAGUAUUUCUACGCUACUUACAAAAACAUGUAGGAUAACAAUAUUACUGUGCGGGCAUGUAUUGUCUUGUUUGGGUAUUAUACAGAUUUAUCAUACGUUUUACUCAAAACACGUUAUACAUUAAUUUCUACAAUUAAGUAAUUUAAAACAUUAUUGUCUGUUAAAUCGUCUCGUCUAAUAUAGUAAGUUGAUUAACGUUUUUUUAUUUCAGAGCAGAAGAAUGAUGUCUCGAGUGUAUUGUGCCUCUUCCUUUCUUGUAAUUUCUUACACACUUCCGUUUACUAAGGAGCGUUUAGUCACCUUGGCAACAGUAAGGCAUCCUCACAUGACUGGUUACCUGUUGCUAGAACAGCAAGAUCGCUAGCUAUUAUGACUGAAGAACUAGACGAAGAGGUUUUAGACAGUCUUGCAGAAAUCGACAAACUUUAUACAGUAUUUGAUGGCGCGUCCGAAGAAGAUGUGGCAUAUGCGAAGGUUUUCUGGAACUCCCUUUCCCUGCAGCCACCAAUAGAGUCUCGACUCGUUUCUGCUGACAUCAGGCAGCGGUUAAAAGUCGCGAAGACCCCAAACUGUAAGUUAAGUGUAACGUUCGCCACAAACGCUGCCACAAAACAAGAGUCAUGGUCAAAGAGGGAUGAUGAAAUCCAGCAGGAUGCUUACUUGAAACAAAAGCAAGAGGAGAGACAGAAAUACAUGGAGAUGGCCAAGAAACGAGAUCAGAUUAUUGCCCUUCUGAAAAAGCAGAGGGACGAGCGAAUUAAGAAGGAGAUGAUUUCCUACCGAAACAAACCAAGAAAAGGCAACCUAGAGAAAAAAAGAUUGGCUCCAAAGACCCUUUCAUCAUCUGUGGAUGAAGACCAGAAAGAAGUUCAAAAGCUCCAGUAAACAUAUUGAUGAUAUUAAAGAACAUAACGU